AUGGAAGGGAGGGGUCGAGUGGCGUGCGAUUUUUGCAGUGAUCAGGUGGCGGUGCUCUACUGCCGGGCGGAUUCAGCUAAGCUGUGUUUGUCAUGUGACCACCAUGUGCACUCGGCCAACGACCUCUCCAAGAAGCACCUCCGCCAGCAGAUCUGUGAUAACUGCGGCUCCGAGCCGGUCUCCACCCACUGCGCCACGGAUAAUCUCGUACUGUGCCAAGAUUGUGACUGGGAUGCCCAUGGAAGCUGUGUAGUGUCCGCCUCCCAUGAUCGAAGCCCGAUUCAGCCCUUCUCCGGCUGCCUGUCGGCCCUUGACCUGGCGGUGGCGUGGGGACUGGAAAUCGAAGAUAGAAAACUAACUCAUCAACUGAGUUCAUCGGGUAAUCUCGGGUUGGAAACUGGGCUGUUAGAGUCGUGGUUUUGUAAGGACGGGGCCGUACCCAGUUCAAUGAUGCUGCAGGAGCUGAUGGUGCCUAAUGACAAUUCUGUAUUUUACUCUAAUUAUGGGGAUGGAUUGAUCACAAAGAAGAGGAUCCCAACCUGCGGGAAGCAGAAGCAGGUGAUCUUGAAGCAAUUAAUAGAAUUGCAUAAAAGUGGAUUGCCUGAUGGCUGCAGCGGCAGUGGCGGUGGUCUGGAGGAGGCGAUGCCUGGGACGCCGAGCGGGAGUGAGAGCUGUGGGUGGCAUCAGGGGUAUAUGAGUUGGCAGCAAAAUAGAGGCUUUACAUCCUUGCUAAAAAUGCAGACUACACCAGACGAUCCAAAGGAGAAUUACAGAAUGAUGGAUGGAAACAUGUGGAAUGCUGGCACAUCUGAUCAUGGCGCGCAGAUAUGGGAUUUUAAUUUGGUAAAAUUGAGGGGGCACGAGGCAUCUAUCCCGCUAGAGGAAUAUAUUGCAGGUGACAUGGAAUAUAUGGUGAAAAAUUAUGGCGAACUGCUCAAAGAUGCAGAUCGUUCAAUUAAACACGAGAACCAGAUAGUUAGUCCGGGGCCUGCAACAUCUGAGAGCAAUAACUUACCAGCAUCAAGGCCAUCAUCAUGUUCUGGAUAUACUAAACUGAAAUCCUAUGUUGUCUCAAAAAAUGUCCAUUUUAUGGACCAGUCUAUUUUGGUGAAAAAUGAUCGUGCCACAGCUGCAAUAACUAAGGCUGAUAUGGAGCUUUUGGCCAAGAACAGAGGGAAUGCUAUGCAACGUUACAAAGAAAAGAAGAAAACACGAAGAUAUGAUAAGCACAUCCGGUACGAAUCAAGAAAAGCAAGAGCUGAUACUAGGAAGCGAGUAAAGGGUCGAUUUGUCAAGGCGGCCAGUGAAGCUUCAAAUGUAUAA